GAUAAGCGACGUCGAUGAGUAGCAGUGGAAGUGACAGCAAUACGGCUAGCGAUACUGGAUCUAGCUCCUCUGGUUCAUCUAGUAGCCAAACUACGUCUGUACCUGCUACGGCGGGCGUAGGUGGACUAACGUUCACAGAACCACCACAGACUAAAACUAGUUACUACAAAGUAGCAGAAGGAAACGAAAUAACAUUUGGAUGGAGUCUGACGUCUAUAUAUAAUACACCAGAAAGUUUGACAUUCGAUGCUGUCAAUACAGAUUCAGGGAAUACUUACACUAUGGGAUCUGUCGCUGGUGGUGACACAACGUUUAAAUGGGACCCUUAUAAGCACUUUACAGAUGGUAAUGAUCCUCCACUCGUAUAUUCAACUUAUCAAGUGAGAGUCUACGAUGACAAUGGUCCAUCAGCAGCUGCCAAACCUGGCGGUUUCAUGCCAAAUUCCAAUUUAAGGUUUGCGUUAUACAAACCAGAAAAAUAUACACCAUUAGAUGAAUGGGUCUGUCCAAAUUGUUCAUCAGCGGUGCGUAACAUCCCUAUAGCGAGUCUGGCAUGGCUUGUUACUAUCACUCUUAUGCUUCUAUCUGGUUACUCUUUGGCUAGAUCACAUCGUUGAUUUUUCCCCUUUUCACUUAUUUAUGGUAUACCAGGCGGUUUACAAAUUACUUUUAGCAGAGAACAAUUUCUAUUUAUUUGAAUCUGCAUAUUUAUUAUAACGGACACUACAUGUAACAUACGC